AUGUUUUUUUUCUUUAAAAAUUAUUAUUAUUAUUAUUUUCUUCUCGGAGAUAAUAUGUCACUUACUGCUACUGCUGUUAUCAUCAUUAUCAUUAUUAUUAUUAUUAUUGUCCUCUUCUUUUCUUCUAUUUUUUUUUUUGUUUUCUCUCUUUGGGGGUGGGUGGGGGGGUAUUAA